AUGGAAGGCAAGGAGAUCAAGUAUGUUACUUCCGACGCUGCUCCCGGGGAGAAUCAAGCGUAUGUCGACGUUCGCCCUGGUGAAGUUUCAGACAAUGCAGACAAGCUACAACGCCGCCUCAAUAACCGGCAAGUCCAGUUGAUUGCUAUCGGAGGGUCGAUCGGAACAGCACUCUUCGUCAGUAUCGGGAGCGGUCUCGAAAAGGGUGGACCUCUCAGCUUGUUCCUUGCGUACACGAUCUAUUCUGCUAUGCUCGGCCUGGUCAACAACUGCAUGGCCGAGAUGACUGUCUUGCAACCAGUCUCCGGAGGCUUUAUUCGUAUGGCUGGAAAGUGGGUUGACGACGCUUUCGGAUUCAUGGCCGGUUGGAACUUCUUCCUUUACGAGGCUCUCUUGAUUCCUUUCGAAAUCACCGCUCUCAAUCUCGUCUUGUCCUUCUGGAGAGACGAUAUCCCCACCGCGGCCGUCUGCGCGGCCUGCAUUGUGCUCUAUGCUCUCAUCAACAUCCUCGCUGUCAGGGCCUACGGAGAGGCGGAAUUCUGGCUCUCGGGUGGCAAAGUCAUCCUGAUCUUUAUGCUGUUCAUGUUCACCUUUAUCACCAUGGUUGGAGGGAAUCCUCAACACGAUGCCUACGGCUUUCGCUACUGGAAUAAUCCUGGGCCAAUGGCAGAAUACCACACCAAGGGCUCCUUGGGAAGGUUUGAGGGCUUCUUGGCAUGCCUUUGGAGCGCUUCUUUCUGCGUUGUGGGACCGGAAUACUUGGCUAUGGUUGCUGCUGAAGCCAAGCGACCUCGGAUUUAUAUCAAGAAGGCCUUCAAGACCAUCUACUGGCGGUUCGGCCUUUUCUUCAUCCUUGGGUCGCUUUGUGUAGGGGUGGUGAUCCCUUACAAUGACCCAACUCUUGUCGCUAUCGUCAAUGGAACUCAAUCUGGCGGUGGUACUGCUGCUGCCUCACCAUAUGUGAUUGCGAUGAAGAAUCUGAAGGUCGAAGUUUUGCCUCACAUCACCAACGCACUACUCGUCACCAGCAUUUUCUCCGCCGGAAACACCUACACCUACUGUGCAACUCGCAGUCUCUACGGCCUUGCUCUUGAGCAUCGAGCUCCAAAGUUCCUCACCACGUGCACCAAACACGGCGUGCCUAUCUGGUCAUUCUGCGUUGUCAUGCUCUUCCCACUCCUGUCGUUUUUGUCGGUGUCCAGUGGCUCGUCACAAGUCUUGACAUGGCUAAUCAACUUGAUCACGGCUGGCGGCAUUAUCGACUACAUUGUCAUGUGUGUGACAUAUCUGUUCUUCUACCGUGCAUGCAAGGCUCAAGGAGUCGACCGCAACUCGUUCCCUUAUACCGGAUGGUUCCAGCCGUACUGCGGAUGGAUUGGUCUGGUCUGGAUGACUGUGAUUGUUAUCUUUUACGGAUACUCAGCAUUCACCCCCUGGGAUGUUGGCACAUUCUUCUCCUACUACACCAUGGUCAUUGUGGCGCCCGUCCUUUACCUGGGAUGGAAACUCAUCAAGCGCACCAAGACCGUUUCCCCACUGGAAGCCGACCUCGUUUGGGAGCGGCCAGUUGUCGACGCCUAUGAGGCGACUUUCAUCUCGCCUCCCGUUGGAUUCUGGACGGAGAUGAUGCAGUUGGUUGGGCUCAAGCGAGCACAGAAGGACGACAGGCGUGGUUCGAUUAUAACCACAUUGAAUGACUGA